CGCACCAGCGAAACUGGCCGUGCCAGUGGGCACAUGGCAUUUUCGAUCUCCCUCGGCGGCGCCAGUUGCAUUCGGAAUGGAUCAGUGGACGGGUGUGCACCGGGCGUUCGUCAUACGCGCCUACUACAAGAGCAACGACUCCAUCAGCACCGCCCAGCGACUCUUCAAGAAGCAGUUCAGCAUUUACCAAACGCCGCCGACGAAUGUCAUCAAGUCCUGGCUGAGGCACUUCGAGAGCACAGGGUCCUCGCAAGGAGGUUGUGGAGGAUAUGCACGAUCCUCGCUGCCUCAAAUCUUCUGCACCAUUUGCAAUCAAUGCCUGAGUAAUGAGAAGAACUUUAGCAGCUCCGUGAAGUGAAUAUGCACAUGGGGCAUAAGUUAAUCUGUUUAUCGUAUAUAAGUUAGUGUGUAUGGUUCGCAAAUAAAUUUCUUGGCUAAUUAACAAGCUUGCCAAAUCAACACA